AUGGUUUGGAUCCAUGGAGGUUACCUUUUAAUUGCCAGUGGGUCAGAGCCUGGCUACUGUCCCAAUGAAGACCUAGUAAGAGACAGCCAUAUUGUCCAUGUCAGCUUUAACUACCGUCUUAAUGCAUUUGGAUUCCUAGCUUUGGCUGAACUCCGAGAAGUUACAGGAAAUUAUGGAUUAAUGGAUCAGAUGGCUGCCCUAAAAUGGGUACAGAAGAACAUCCAAUAUUUUGGAGGUGACCCAAACAAGGUGACCAUUUAUGGCCAAAGCUCAGGUGAGAAGAGUGUGCUAAUAUUAAAUCAUUGCCAUAAUGAACAGUGUGGAGUUCUCUCCUAUAUUUACUCCCUGUAUUCCAGGAACUUACAAACACAUCUCUCCACUUUAUACAAAAACAUACAUACACACACAGGGAGGCCUAUGCAGUCAGAAGCCAAUUCACCUUUCUUCACAGGGGCGUCCCUAGGGCUGGUGUCACCCGGUGCGGUAACACUUGGCGACACCCCCUCCAACGAUCCCGCAGAAUGGAUCGGAUCUGCGGAUUGA